AUGGAUGGACGUCGCCGCGGUAAAACGAAGCGGAUAAGAGAUGAGUGUGAUGACUCGAACGCGUCUAGUUCUAAACGGAAGUCGGACCGCGUCUCUAAGAAAGAGAAAACGGUGGACCAGCUAUGUGAUGAAUUAGGGAUUGAAGAUGUUGAGCUCACGUAUUCCACUGAGGACUUUGAGAAUUGGACCAUACAGAAGCUUUUUGACCAAUAUGUUCGACCUCUCAUAAUUCAAAAGAACCCACAGGCCUCUAAAGAUGAUAUUCAAAAAGUUCUGGAUGCAAAGUGGAAGGAAUUUGCUAUAAUGAAUCCUUAUAUACCCAAAGGUGAAGAGGGUACUGUUCAUGUUCUGUUUUAUUGGUCCUCAGAUUUAGACGAUGAGUUCGACGAUGUGGACACAGAAACUCAGGAAGAUGAUGUUUCAGAAAUUCGCACACCUGGGUUGAGUGCCCGACAUCGUGGACGGAUUCCUGCUCGAAGGAGUGCGAAUACUUUAAGCUCCGGUUAUGCGACCCCAAUUUCCGGAUGUGCUGGUAGUGAGGCUGCUAGUCAGUCGCCUCCUCCGUCUCCUGCAGUAAUGAACGAAGCACCAACUCCACCAAUAAAGAUAAAAAUAAGCAAGAAAAAGAAGAAACGUGGUCGAAAAAGAGCAGAGGAACGUGCUUUUACUGGCAAUAAUACUAGCGACGAAGAAUUCGAACGCCAAUUGGAGGAAGCUGAAAUUGCUCAGGAGGAAGAACGCGAUCGUCGAAAACGAUCUAGCAGACGCUCUCUAACUAAUGUGGCUGCUUUGAGUGCACCCGGUUCAGAGAGCACGAGUAUUGGCACCACAAAAAGUCAUAGUCACCAAAAAACCACCGCUCGGUUUCCGCUGGUUGCUCGAAAAAUCGACAAGGUUGGUGAGGAAGAAGGCUAUGAAACUGAUCAUCAGGAUUACUGUGAAGUUUGUCAGCAGGGAGGGGAAAUCAUGCUUUGUGACACGUGCCCUAGAGCAUAUCACCUCGUGUGCUUGGACCCAGAACUCGAAGAAGCUCCAGAGGGAAGUUGGUCAUGCCCUCACUGUGAAAAAGAAGGUAUAUCCAUGGGUUCUCAGGUUGAAGGGAAGACCACUGGGACGAAAAUGGCACCGGAUAAAAGUGCAAAACAGGUUGCCGCAGCUUCUCCGGAGAAGGAUGAACACCAGGAAUUUUGUACGGAAUGUCAUGAUGGAGGUGACUUGAUUUGUUGUGAAAAUUGUCCCGUCAGUUACCAUUUGGGUUGUUUAAUUCCCCCUCUGACUAACAUACCUGAAGGAGUGUGGCUUUGUCCACGAUGCGGUUGCAAGCCUUUGAAGGCUAGAGUCUCCAAAAUUCUCACGUGGCGAUGGUUUGAACCGCCGAAGGAAAGCGAUGAAUUGGACCAUACACACCGUAUCCAUAUGGUAACAACGAGCGAAGAACUUGCGACAAAACCUACCGAUAGUGUAGACAAUAAGACUACCGUUCCUCCGUCAGAGAAUGGUUCGGUGGCUGGCAACACAGAAAAUGGCGAUGUGAAACCGUACGUGCUUUUUGGGACGUCCAACGGCGACGAACCAAAUUCCAAGACAUCCAACACAGACAGUGCACCACGGCAGGCAGUAGCACGGGUUUCAAGCGAUAUUCAAGGGAUUCCAUCCAACUCAGCACCACGGCCGGGCUACAUUCGACGUCCCACGAGAGAGUUUUUCGUGAAGUACGUAGAUUUGUCCUAUUGGCACUGCGAGUGGCUUAGCGAACUGCAACUGGAUGUUCACCAUCCGAUCAUGUUGCGGAAUUAUUUCAAAAAAUGUGACAUGGAAGAGCCUCCUUUACCGGAAGAUGGAAGCACUUACAGAGGCCGAGCUCGUGAGAAAGCUGCUGAUCCGCACAAUCUUGAGGAGCGAUUCUACAAGUGGGGCGUGCGGCCCGAAUGGCUACAAAUUCAACGUAUAAUUGAUCACCGGGCCGGCAGAGGUGGUCGUGAGUGGUUCUUGGUCAAAUGGCGUGAAUUGUCCUAUGAUGAAUGUACUUGGGAAGAACCGGAUGGUGAAGUACUGGAUAUGGACCGUGCGAUUCAGGAGUAUCGAACCAUGCGUCAAGUGUUUCAGGGUAACUUGUGUACUUCUGUUGCACCGGAUGGCACCCGAACAUUGGUCAGUACUUCGAAGAAACACAAACCUGGUCGCCGUUCGGCCAAGGAUAUUCUCGGUGACAAACUCAGACCGGAAUUGUUGCGUAAACUGCCUCCUGACCGCUGUCUGACUGAUCUGAAGAAACAGUACAUGACACAGCCGGAUUAUCUCGAUGAUACCGGUGGACAGUUACAUGAAUAUCAGCUUGAAGGGGUGAACUGGCUGCGAUUUUCUUAUGGCAACAAAGUAGAUACCAUUCUGGCCGAUGAGAUGGGUCUUGGAAAGACAAUCCAAACAAUUUCUUUUCUCUAUUCACUAUACAAAGAAGGACAUUCUCGUGGCCCAUUCUUGGUUGCCGCUCCUUUGUCAACCAUUAUUAACUGGGAGCGUGAGUUUGAAUUUUGGGCACCAGACUUGUAUGUCGUCUCUUAUGUGGGUGAUAAAGAUUCACGUACGGUGAUCCGCCAACACGAGUUCUCCUUUGACGAGGGAGCUGUUCGGGGUGGCUCCAAGGCCAUGCGUCUAAGAAGUGGCACAGCAGUUCGAUUUCAUGUCCUUUUGACAAGUUAUGAACUAAUCAGCAUAGAUCAAGCCCUUCUAGGUUCCAUUGACUGGGAAGUGCUAGUGGUUGAUGAAGCACAUCGACUAAAAAACAACCAAUCCAAAUUCUUCCGAAUUCUGGCGAGUUACAAAAUCGCCUACAAACUCCUACUUACUGGCACACCGCUGCAGAAUAAUCUCGAAGAAUUGUUUCAUCUGCUCCAUUUCAUGACGCCUGAAAAGUUCCACGAUAUGCAAGGCUUUUUGGAUGAGUUUGCUGAUAUUUCGAAAGAGGAACAGGUUAAGAAGUUGCAUGAUAUGUUGGGUCAGCAUCUCUUGCGUAGACUGAAAGCGGAUGUGUUGCAAAACAUGCCGUCCAAGGGCGAAUUUAUCGUUCGGGUGGAGCUCAGUCCCAUGCAAAAACGUUUCUACAAGUUCAUUCUGACGCGCAACUUUGAGGCACUCAGUUGUCGCAGUGGUGGAUCAAAUGUGUCCUUGAUCAAUAUCAUGAUGGAUCUGAAAAAGUGUUGCAACCAUCCAUAUUUAUUCCCGUCCGCCUCAGAGGAAGCUCCUCGUCUACCAAACGGAGCUUAUGAGGGCAACGCACUGCGGAAGGCUUCGGGGAAACUCGAACUAAUGAGCAAAAUGCUACGUAAUCUAUAUGAUACAAAGCAUCGUGUACUGAUCUUUUCUCAGAUGACCAAGGUGCUUGAUUUGUUAGAAGAUUUUCUGGAAUCGGAAGGUUACAAAUUUGAGCGAAUUGAUGGUGGAAUCACUGGUCAGCAACGACAGGACGCUAUCGACCGCUAUAAUGCCCCAGACUCCCCGUCGUUCGCCUUUCUGUUGUCCACACGCGCCGGAGGUUUGGGUAUCAAUCUAGCCACUGCGGACACUGUAAUCAUAUACGAUUCGGACUGGAAUCCACACAACGAUAUCCAAGCUUUCUCCCGAGCCCAUCGGAUUGGACAGGCGAAUAAGGUGAUGAUCUAUCGCUUCGUGACUCGAGGAACAGUAGAGGAACGUGUCACCCAGGUGGCGAAGAAGAAAAUGAUGCUUACCCACUUAGUCGUGCGUCCCGGACUUGGUGGCAAGGGAUCGUGUCAGAUGUCCAAAAAGGAAUUAGAUGACAUUCUAAAAUUCGGUACUGAAGAUUUAUUCAAAGAAGGCGAGGAGGAGAAAGAAGACGAACACUGCAUCGUUUACGAUGACGCUGCUAUUCAACGUUUGUUGGACCGUAGCCAGCAGGGUCUCGAGGAGAAGGCCCUUGAAAUGAAUGACUAUUUGACUUCAUUUAAAGUCGCACAUUAUGAAAAGAAGGGUGUCAACGAAGAAGAUGAGGAUGAAUCGGAGGAAGAGGACGAAAAUCGUGAGGUGAUCAAACAAGAGCUCGACCCAGCUGACCCGACCUAUUGGGAGAAGCUUUUGCGGCAUCAUUUCGAACAAGCCCAAGAAGACCAGUCACGUGUUUUGGGCAAGGGCAAGCGUAUUCGUAAACAGGUGAACUACUCGACCACACAGGAAGAAGAGGAGGAGUGGAAUCAGGCAAUGUCUGAACAUGACAGCGACUCUUCUAACAAGGAUGAAGACGACGAAGAAUUUGACGAACGCACUGCAGCUGCCGGCGGUGAGCUACUGGCGAUGGCGCGCAGAACAAGGCGUGAACGUGAGGGUCGUCUUCCACCUCUUCUAUCACGCGUUAGCGGUCAAAUUGAAGUUCUCGGUUUCAAUGUUCGUCAGAGGCGUUCUUUCCUAAAUGCGAUCAUGCGAUACGGAUUGCCAUCCUUGGAAUUACUGAGCACUGUGCGAGACCUUCGGUGUAAACCGGAUCGGGUCUUGCGUGCCUACAUUAGUUUGUUCCUGCGUCAUUUGUGCGAGCCAGAGACAACUACAUCUGAUACCUUCAGUGAUGGCGUUCCUCGUGAGGGGAUCGCUCCACAGCAUGUUCUCAGUCGGAUCGGAAUCAUGGCGCUGGUGGCAAAAAAGGUAAAAGAGUUUGAACGCAUCAACGGUCGCUGGAGUAUUCCCGAACUGAAGCCCAAGUGUCGUGCGUUAGAUGACUGCGAUGACGAAGAAUAUAUGGGUACCGAACCCGCUCUAACAUCUGAACAGUCUCCCGCUGAUCUUGCGGUUGAUAAACCAGGAGAGGUUAUGGACAGGUCGAACGAAAUCCCUCAGGCGAGAGCAUUCGCGGCUGAGAAACCUAAGUCGACCGAUGAAGCCACGGAUGACUCUUCAAAGGUCAGUGACGUAACGGAACCGAUGGAAUUGGAUGAGACCAAGCCAGUAUCCAAGUCCGCGCGAUCGAGCAAAAGUGACGGAACGACUGAUCUAUCGAUCCCCGACGAGGACGCAGCCCAGUCUCAAUCUCCUCAGAAGGAAACUACCGAAACCAAUAAACCUGCAGAGAAGGAGAAUACGAAUGAGUCCGAAACAGCCAAACCCCAUCCAUUCAUGUUUAAUAUCGCUGAUGGUGGUUUUACGGAGCUCCACACGAUUUGGUUGAAUGAGCAACGUGCAUUGGUGAAAGAUCGGGAGGCAGAAAUAUGGCAUCGCCGCCACGAUUACUGGCUCCUGGCUGGAGUAGUUAAACAUGGUUAUGGGCGUUGGCAGAUCCCCGACGAGGACGCAGCCCAGUCUCAAUCUCCUCAGAAGGAAACUACCGAAACCAAUAAACCUGCAGAGAAGGAGAAUACGAAUGAGUCCGAAACAGCCAAACCCCAUCCAUUCAUGUUUAAUAUCGCUGAUGGUGGUUUUACGGAGCUCCACACGAUUUGGUUGAAUGAGCAACGUGCAUUGGUGAAAGAUCGGGAGGCAGAAAUAUGGCAUCGCCGCCACGAUUACUGGCUCCUGGCUGGAGUAGUUAAACAUGGUUAUGGGCGUUGGCAGGACAUCCAUAAUGACCCGCAUUUUCUAAUAGUCAACGAACCAUUCCGGAGCGAGGCACAGAAGCCAAAUUAUCUAGAAAUAAAAAAUCGCUUCCUUGCGCGGCGGUUCAAGCUGCUGGAACAAGCACUAAUAAUCGAAGAACAGUUGCGGCGUGCUGCACAGUUAAAUAUUCCAUCAGACCCGACGGACCACGUGCAAAAUUUAAAUCGCCGGUUCUGUGAACUUGAAUGCAUGGCGACCGGACAACAACAGCUUUUCAACGACGCACUGGCGGGGAACAAAUCACUGGUCCCACUCCUCCUGAAAGUUCUCACUGCGAUGGAAGACCUGCUGGCUGAUAUGAAACAGGAUGUGACUCGCCUGGUCAGCCUCCUUCCGCGAAUGCUUCCAGUUUCACAAAGACUACACCUGAGUCACACCGGUCUGUUAUCCAAAUUGACUCAACCGUCAGUGAAGCAACCAGAAGAGGCCACUAUCGCCGCCACCAACCCUGAAACAACAGUUAAUCGGUGAAACAUACGCGGGCUAUUUGUACAGUUUCUCUCCUUACUCUUGUUUUUACCACUCGUACAUCGCCAAACUCAUCGUGCUGUGUUGUGUCAUUAAAAAAAACAGUGUGUACCUUUCAGCUGUUUUCCUUUACCGAAAACUGAGAUAGGGUUGGAAAACAAUUAGGAUUUCAUAGAUACUAUAGUCAAAUAGCGCGCACGUACAUUGUCGUUCAUGAUUUAAAACAGCGUCUUAGAAAAGUAACAAGGCAUAUUUGAAUACAAAGCACCCAGGUCGUAUAAACUAUGAAGAAUAGAUUCAGAUUAGUGUCAGCAACAGCGAGUGAUGAAAACAAAAGCAACGAAGAAAUGCGGUGAUUUGAGUUUAGGCAACUCGCAACUAACAGAAUGUGCGUUUCCGCGAAAGCCACACCCGUCUGGGCAAAUGCGAAAGCGAAGCUAAGGAAGGGUGAUGUCGCGGCGGAGGCUUGGUCAUCCUUCCAUUUUGUGCAUUUUUGCUAUUCUUUUGCGAAGCUCCAUUGGGAACAGUUCAUAGCAAGAUUUACAUACAGGCUUGAGGUCGAACUCGUAGAAUUUGGUCCUGCACGUCGAGGGGGGAGAAACAGAACAGUUCAAUUGGAGCAUAUGAAACACGUAUCGGGCAACCGAAAAGUCAUUACGAAUCGGAGAUUAUACUGAAAUCCCAAGUGUACCCAGAUUUCCGAGUCCGCACAUGGCCGUCGAAAGGAAAGCUCAACUAUUCUCCGAUAAGAGGCCGGUACCACCUGUGUUAGGUCCUGAAACCCGCAUAAUCACACGGCUUCAUCCCCAGCGUUAGUCUCUAUUGUGGAGGAAGAAUUGGAUGACUAAAGAUAAAGAC